CCUAUUGGACAGGGUUUUUAAGCUCCGCCUCCUGGGUUCAUAAUGAGGAUCGACAGGUGAACGAGACACUCAGCAGCUCAUCCACCAAACAGCAAGAUGGUGUUCACCAUAAGUGACAUGAGCUUUAAGGCCGGGAUGGAGAUGAAGAUCUCUGGGAAGAUCAAACCGGGAUGUGAAAGGUUCUCGAUCAACAUCGGUCACAACGAAGAAGCAAUCGCCCUUCACUUUAACCCUCGUUUCCAAGCGCGGGGCGACACCAACACCAUCGUGUGCAACUCCAGACAGGGCGAAUGGGGAGCCGAGCAGCGCGAGCCGUGCUUCCCCUUUCAGCAGGGCGAAGCGUUCAAGCUGACCAUCACCUUCAACAACGACACCUUCUACAUCAAACUCCCAGAAGGCACCAUGAUGAGCUUCCCCAACCGCUUCGGCGACGACCUUUUCAAACACGUGCACGUGAACGGAGACGUCAAGAUCACCAGCAUUGGGGUCAAAUGAGCAGGACUCGCUCCUGACGCUGCGGUGUGUGUUCUCCAGCUCCUCCAGGGAAUGUACCAAAGAAAGAGUCAAAUAAAUCCACUGAGGAUAUGUCAAAGGAC